AUGGGCGGCGGCUGCGGAGGCACGAGCUGCAGCGCCAGCACCGCCGCCGUCCCCACCACAACAGUGAUGGUGGUACCCGUCAUGGCAGCCGCGCCGGCGCCGGCGCCGGCGCCGGUUUAUAUAAUGCCAGCUCCCGCACCCGCACCCGCCCCAGUCAUAAUGUCCGUGGCUGCGCCCGCGCCUCAGCCAGUUAUAAUGCCCGUGGCGGCGCCCACAUACGUGCCAGCGCCUCAGCCAGUUAUAAUGCCCGUGGCGGCGCCCACAUACGUGCCAGCGCCUCAGCCCGUUGUGAUGCCCGUCGCUGCGCCCGCGCCUAUGGUCGCGCCCGUACAUACCGUCGUAAUGCCUGUGGCAGCGCCCGCAUACGUGCCCGCGUCAGCUUCCGCGUCAGCGUCAGCAUCCGCCGUCGCCGUCGCCGGUGGCGGAGGCUUCUCUAAGGGUUAUAAGCACGGGUGUAUGACGGGCUGUGCGGUCAUGGGUUAG